CCAAUUCACCCCCAUUUUCCGCCCGCCCUCACUCUCCUCUUCUCUAACUCUCUAGUCCCUGCCAGUAGCUCCACUCCAUAGACGCAGGCGGCGCUGAAACCCUCUCAGCCACCCCUGCUGUCAGCGCUUAGCCGACGGGGGCAGCUCGCAGCUUGAGCCGAGAGAGAGAGAGUGAGAAAUAUGUUUAGCAAUAUGUGCGGUCGCAAGCUGGCUCGCCGCUUCAAAUCAGCGCUGAUUGUCGCGCUGACAGUUCUCCUGGUUCAGACGCUGAUCGUGUGGAACUUUAGUACCCUGGAUACCGGGGAAGAAGCGGGCGAAGGGGCCAAUAGUAGGCGGGAGAAGAGGGACCAAGUCGGGGGCAUCAACAAAGCCUACAGCCAGUACCCCCGGAGCGGGCUGCCAAAGAGGCAUCACCAACCUCCGCUUGGGAAAACGGCUGUCCGACACAAGCAACAACCGGAGGGCUACCACUCCUGGCGUCCCAAGGAGAAAGUCCUCCUGGAUAGUAACAACAAUGAGAACUCGGUCCCCAAAGACUUUGACACUGUUGUUGACAGCAACAGCAACCUCGGGGCGCGGUCACUGUCUCAGCGCCAGCGAAUGGCAGGAAACGCCGCCAAACACAAACCGGACAAGGCCCUAAGGCAAGGCAUUCUGGGAAAGGCCUUGCCCAAUGAGGUCAACAAGAUUAUUCAGCAGUACCCUCUUCCUCCACAGCAGCCCAGAGGAGCAGGACUUAAAGAUAGCCACGCAUACAAACGACCCAAACCACACUCCCAGCUAGCCACUAAACCCGCUAGACCUUCCCCCUCUCCCUCCAUCAAAACAUCCAAUCAGCAUCAGCGACAUCACCAACCCAGGAAGUCGGUGACUGCGGCUCCUGUGCGGGGGCAGCGGAGGGAGAAGCACCAGUGUGAGAUCAGUGGGAAGGAGGCCAUCUCGGCUCUGUCAAGAGCCAAGACCAAGGAGUGUCGUCAGCAGAUAGCUGAGGUGUACUGCAGACACAAGGAGAGGACACUGAUGCCGGAGACCGUCCCUCGAUACUGCACCAUAGAAGGUAAGGCCAAUGUGAAUGUACAGUGGGAUGAUGGCUCAGAGCAGACUGCCCCUGCUGUGCCUGUUCGCGUCGUCUUCGUCUUGGUGGUCCAUGGCAGAGCGUCUCGGCAGUUCCAACGCCUGUUCAAGGCCAUCUACCACACCUCACACUACUACUAUAUACAUGUAGACCAGCGUUCCAACUACCUCCACAGACAGGUGGGGGCUCUAGCGAGCCAGUAUUCCAACGUCCGUGUUACUUCCUGGAGGAUGUCCACCAUUUGGGGCGGGGCGAGCUUGCUCACCAUGUACCUGCGUAGCAUGGACGACCUUCUCAAGAUGGCCGACUGGAAUUGGGACUUCUUCAUCAACCUCAGUGCAGCCGACUACCCUAUCAGGACCAAUGAACAGCUGGUGGGCUUCCUGACAAAGUACCGGGACAUGAAUUUCAUCAAAUCCCACGGCAGAGACAACACACGGUUCAUCCGUAAGCAGGGUCUGGACCGGCUCUUCUUCGAGUGUGACACACACAUGUGGCGCCUAGGCGACCGCAAGAUCCCAGAAGGCAUUGCGGUGGACGGAGGUUCCGAUUGGUUCCUUCUGAACCGCAUGUUUGUGGAUUACGUCAUCAACUCUGAAGAUGAGCUGGUCGUCAGCAUGAAGCGCUUCUACGCAUACACACUGCUGCCUGCCGAGUCGUUCUUCCACACAGUACUAGAGAACAGUGCUCACUGUGAGAGUAUGGUGGACAACAACCUGCGUAUCACCAACUGGAACAGGAAGCUGGGCUGUAAGUGCCAGUACAAACAUAUCGUAGACUGGUGCGGCUGCUCCCCCAAUGACUUCAAACCUCCUGACCUGCCACGCUUUCAGCAAACGUCCAGGCCUACGUUUUUCGCCCGUAAAUUUGAGGCUACUGUGAACCAGGAGAUUGUUACCCAGCUGGACAGCUUCCUGUUUGGCCCUUAUCCACAGGAGACCCCAGGGCUCCAGUCGUACUGGGAGAAUGUGUACGAUGAGACGGACAGCGUAGCCAGCCUAUCAGACAGCCAGCUCACUCACUACCACGCCUUCACACGCAUGGGCCUAUCACGGGCCGCCACGUCACUGCAGGGCCACCCUGACAACAACAGCUGCAGGUAUAUCUCCAGGGGACACCCGGUGUCUGUCCAUUUGUACUUCCUGUCAGACGUGUUCCAAGGCUACCUGGUUCGUCAAAAUGCUAGUAACCUAGCAACCAGCCAGCUAGAGACCCUAGAGACUUGGGUCUCCCAUAGCAACCACUUCACCCUGGCCCCGACCACCAACACACUCAACAGACUACAGUUUGCAGAGGUGGGUUCAGACUGGGACGCCAAAGAGAGAAUCUUCAGGAACUUCGGAAGCCUCCUGGGCCCCACGGAGGAGCCGGUUGCCAUGCAACGCUGGGGCCGGGGACAGAACGUCACGGUAACCGUCGUCUGGGUGGACCCCACCAACGUCAUAGCCGCCACGUACGACAUCCUGGUGGACGGCGGGACAGAGUACACACACUACCGGCCCCCGUUAACCGUGCCAUUACGACCCGGCGUGUGGACGCUGCGUGUGUUGCAUCACUGGAACCUGCUGGCCUCCACCAGCUUUGUGGUUUCACCUCUGGAGUACCACGACCAGCAGCCUAUACGCCAGGAAGACACAGUGAAGCUCCACAGCGGCCCGGUCCGUAACUCCUACAUGGAGCAGAGUUUCCACGGCCUCAACCCCAUCCUCAACCUCCCUGUGCACCUGGGACAGGUGGAGGAGGCGGAGUUUAAAGCAUCACUGACAGGGGCGGAGCUCCAGAGCUGGGUGGACCAUCUCCUGGCAGGGGUGUGGUCUGCAGCGGACGUGUGUUCUCAGGGUCCUAGCUCCUGUCCCGUUAUGCAGCGGUGUCGGGAGACGGGAUGGAGCGCGCUCAGUCCCGACCCAAAGUCUGAUCUGGGCCCCCCCAGAGGGAACGGACGGAUUAGGUAGCACCGUCGCCACGGCUACUGCUACAGCCAACCAAUGGCUUGGAGGAUGAACUGACGGGAAACGUUUUUGUGUGUUGUGCACCACGGCUAUCGUGAGAUGGUCUGCUGCGUCCUAAAUUGCUCAUCCAUUUCCUAUAUACUGAGUGGACAAAACAUUAAGAACACCUGUUGUAUCCAUGACUGACCAGGUGAAAGAUAUGAUCCCUUAUUGAUGUCACUUGUUAAAUCCACUUCAAUCAGUGUAGAUGAUGAAGGGGAGAAGACAUGUUAAAGAAGGAUGUUUAAGCCUUAAGACAAUAGAGACAUGGAUUGUGUAUGUGUGUCAUUCAGAGGGUGAAUGGUAGUAGGUGCCAGACACACCGGUUUAUGUAAAGAACUGCAACAUUGCUGGGUUUUUCAACACUCAACAGUUUCUGUGUGUAUCAAGAAUGGUCCUCCACCCAAAGGACAUCCAGCCAACUGGACACCACUGUGGGAAGCAUUGGAGUCAACAUGGGCCAAUAUCCCUGUGGAACGCUUUCAACACCUUGUAGAGUCAACACCCUGACGAAUUGAGGCUGUUCUGAGGGCAAUAUUAGGAAGGUGUUCUUCAUGUUUUGUACGCUCAGUGUACAGUGCACUACCAUAGGGCUCUGAUCAGAAGUAGUGCACUAUAUAGGGAACAGGGCUCUAUAGGGCUCUGAUCAGAAGUAGUGCACUAUAUAGGGAACAGGGCUCUAUAGGGCUCUGAUCAGAAGUAGUGCACUAUAUAGGGAACAGGGCUCUAUAGGGCUCUGAUCAGAAGUAGUGCACUAUAUAGGGAACAGGGCUCUAUAGGGCUCUGAUCAGAAGUAGUGCACUAUAUAGGGAACAGGGCUCUAUAGGGCUCUGAUCAGAAGUAGUGCACUAUAUAGGGAACAGGGCUCUAUAGGGCUCUGAUCAGAAGUAGUGCACUAUAUAGGGAACGGGGCUCUAUAGGGCUCUGAUCAGAAGUAGUGCACUAUAUAGGGAACAGGGCUCUAUAGGGCUCUGAUCAGAAGUAGUGCACUAUAUAGGGAACAAGGUGCCAUUUGGGACACAGAGGUGGGAGAAGAUUGAAUGCAUUGGAUUACUGUACGAACGUCGUCAACACCAAACAUGGCGUAACUCAGGAGCCGGGUAGUAAAGAAGAUUAGAAGAAAAGCCGUAGACUGAAACCAAGAAGAAAUGAGAUAAGGAGCAGAGUCAUCCUCUUCAGCAUCAGGUGGCGCCACCUGCUGACUGGGAGGCUAAACUGACUCUAGGAUUAGUUUAAUUUUAUUUAUUUAUUGAUUGUUGCGGGUCCCAAAAUGGCACCCUUUUCCCUAUGUAGUGCACUACUUUAGACCAGA